AUGGGUAAUUGUUUAGAUUCAUCAGCUAAAGUGGAUAGUAGCAGCCAUAGUCCUCAAGCUAAUUCUGCUUCGUCUUGUUCAAGAGUUUCUAGCAAGACAAGCCGUUCCACAGUGCCUUCAAGCCUAAGCAUAAAUUCUUACAGUAGUUUGGAGUCUUUACCUACACCAAGAACAGAAGGAGAGAUAUUGUCAUCACCAAAUCUUAAAGCUUUCACUUUUAACGAGCUCAAGAACGCUACUAGGAAUUUCCGACCUGAUAGUCUUUUAGGUGAAGGAGGUUUUGGUUAUGUGUUUAAAGGAUGGAUUGAUGGAACAACGUUUACUGCUUCGAAACCGGGUUCAGGGAUCGUCGUUGCUGUUAAGAAGCUUAAAACUGAAGGCUUUCAAGGUCAUAAGGAGUGGUUGACUGAAGUGAACUAUCUUGGUCAGCUUAGUCAUCCAAAUCUUGUCAAACUAGUUGGGUAUUGCGUGGAGGGCGAAAACCGGUUAUUGGUUUACGAGUUCAUGCCAAAAGGAAGCUUGGAGAAUCAUCUUUUUAGACGUGGUGCGCAGCCACUUACAUGGGCGAUAAGGAUGAAAGUUGCAAUAGGAGCAGCCAAGGGGCUUACUUUUCUCCACGACGCAAAAUCACAAGUGAUAUAUAGGGACUUCAAAGCUGCUAACAUUCUACUCGACGCUGAAUUCAACGCUAAACUUUCGGACUUCGGUCUAGCUAAAGCAGGUCCAACCGGUGACAAGACUCAUGUGUCCACGCAAGUCAUGGGUACUCAUGGUUAUGCUGCCCCUGAAUAUGUAGCCACAGGUCGGUUAACAGCGAAGAGCGAUGUAUACAGUUUCGGCGUGGUACUGCUGGAAUUACUCUCAGGACGAAGAGCCGUGGACAAAUCAAAAGUGGGAAUGGAACAAAGUCUAGUAGAUUGGGCAACACCGUAUCUUGGGGACAAGCGAAAGCUCUUUAGAAUAAUGGACACGAGAUUAGGCGGUCAGUAUCCUCAAAAAGGAGCAUACACAGCUGCUAAUCUUGCAUUGCAAUGCUUAAACCCGGAUGCAAAACUCAGACCGAAAAUGUCAGAUGUUUUGGCCAAAUUAGAUCAGCUUGAAUCAACAACCACUAAACCUGGAACUAGACAAGGUCAGAUUGAUUCUCCGAGAGGUAGUACUGGUGCUGUAACAAGACAAGGUCAGAUUGAUUCACCGAGAGGUAGCACUGGCGCUGUAACAAGACAAGCUCAGAUUGAUUCUCCUAGAGGUAGUACUGGAGUUGGAACAAGACAGGCUCAGAUUGAUUCACCGAGAGGUAGUACCGGAGUUGGAACAAGACAAGGUCAGAUUGAUUCACCGAGAGGUAGUAAUGGUGGCUCCGUUGUACAGAAAUCGCCGAGGAGGUAUAGUUAUGAUCGGCCACUCUUGCACAUAACUCCUAUUGCUUCUCCUUUGCCUUCUAUCAAUCAAUCUCCUCGUGUAAGAUAG